UACUCGACCGUUGUAAUGAUUUAGCGAGCGGCUGUCACUCACGCCACCCAUUCGUCUCCGCAAGCACGUUAACCGGCCGCGUCCCGACUUAGCCCCGGUGUCGCGCCCCCGAUGUGCAUUUAGAGUGGACCUAGUGCAGUGUUGUAACACAGGGCCCAGCCAUGGCGGACACCGAGAAGGACCGCUACGACCCCGAGCUCAAGUACCUGUGCGUGGACAGGAACAACUUCAACGACCCCGCGACGCAGGCCGAAUGGACCCAGAAGCGCCUCGUGUGGGUGCCCCACGAGAACCAGGGCUUCGUCGCCGCCAGCAUCAAGGGCGAGCGCGGCGACGAAGUGGAGGUGGAGCUCCAGGAGACCGGCAAGCGCACCACCGUCGCCAAGGAUGACAUCCAGAAGAUGAAUCCGCCCAAGUUCGACAAGGUCGAGGACAUGGCGGAGCUCACCUGCCUCAACGAGGCCUGUGUCCUGCACAACCUCAAAGACAGAUACUACUCGGGAUUGAUCUACACUUACUCUGGCCUCUUCUGUGUGGUCGUAAACCCCUACAAGAAGCUCCCCAUUUACACAGAAAAAAUUAUGGAACGGUAUAAAGGUAUCAAAAGACACGAAGUACCACCUCACGUUUUCGCCAUAACGGACACAGCAUACCGUUCCAUGUUACAAGAACGCGAAGAUCAGUCAAUUCUUUGUACCGGAGAAUCUGGUGCCGGAAAAACCGAAAACACGAAAAAAGUCAUUCAGUAUUUGGCCUACGUGGCAGCAUCGAAAUCUCCCAAAGGAUCAGGAGCGCAGAAAGACCUUAUUAGUCCCACGAGAGAAUUCUCGGGCGGUCUAGAACAACAACUCUUGCAAGCCAAUCCCAUCCUCGAGGCCUUCGGAAAUGCCAAAACCAUCAAAAACGACAACUCUUCCAGAUUCGGUAAAUUCAUAAGGAUAAACUUCGACGCUUCCGGGUACAUCGCAGGGGCGAACAUUGAAACCUAUCUUCUUGAGAAAUCACGUGCCAUUAGACAAGCCAAACAGGAAAGAACCUUCCACAUCUUCUACCAGCUUUUGGCUGGAGCGUCCACCGACCAGAAAAAGGAGUUCAUUCUGGAGGACCCCAAGUCAUAUCCUUUCCUUCGCGAGGACAAUCACAUAGUUCCCGGUGUAGACGACGCCGCCGAAUUUCAAGCCACCGUCAAGAGUAUGAACAUCAUGGGAAUGACCAACGAGGAUUUCAGUGCCAUUUUCCGAGUUGUGUCGGCUGUGAUGCUUUUCGGGACCAUGCAGUUCAAGCAGGACCGGAAUUCGGACCAGGCGACGCUGCCCGAUAACACGGUCGCCCAGAAAAUCGCCCAUUUGUUGGGACUGUCGGUCACCGACAUGACCAAGGCCUUCUUGAAGCCCAGGAUUAAGGUCGGAAGAGACUUCGUUACCAAGAGUCAGACCAAAGAACAGGUCGAAUUCGCCGUCGAAGCCAUCUCCAAGGCCUGCUACGAGCGCAUGUUCCGCUGGUUGGUAACGCGAAUUAACCGCUCCUUGGGCCGCACCAAACGUCAAGGUGCCAGUUUCAUCGGAAUCCUCGACAUCGCCGGUUUCGAAAUCUUCGAACUGAACUCAUUCGAACAACUAUGCAUCAACUACACGAACGAGAAACUCCAACAACUCUUCAACCACACCAUGUUCAUCCUCGAACAAGAAGAGUACCAGCGGGAAGGCAUCGAAUGGAAAUUCAUCGAUUUCGGCCUAGAUCUCCAGCCCACGAUUGAUCUCAUCGAUAAACCCAUGGGUAUUAUGGCUUUGCUCGACGAAGAGUGCCUCUUCCCGAAAGCCACGGAUAAAACUUUCGUCGACAAGCUCGUUAGCGCGCACUCGGUGCACCCCAAGUUCAAGAAGAGCGAUUUCCGAGGAGUCGCAGAUUUCUCGAUCAUUCAUUACGCCGGGAAGGUCGAUUAUUGCGCCAACCAGUGGUUGAUGAAGAACAUGGAUCCGCAGAACGAGAAUGUGGUGUCCUUGUUGCAGGCUUCCCAGGAUCCGUUCGUCGUGCAUAUUUGGAAGGAUGCGGAGAGCAUAGGACGUGCCAAAGGCAUGUUUAGGACUGUUUCGUAUUUGUACAAAGAGCAGUUGGCUAACCUGAUGGUCACUUUGAGGAAUACCAACCCGAACUUCGUUCGUUGUAUUAUUCCGAAUCAUGAGAAACGUGCCGGGAAGAUCGACGCCCCGUUAGUUUUGGACCAGUUGAGGUGUAAUGGUGUCCUCGAGGGAAUAAGAAUUUGUAGGCAAGGGUUCCCCAACAGAAUUCCCUUCCAAGAAUUCAGACAACGAUACGAGUUAUUGACGCCCAACGUGAUUAAUAAAGGCUUCAUGGAUGGAAAGAAGGCUUGUGAGACCAUGAUUAAAAGUCUAGAGCUUGAUCAAAAUCUUUACAGAAUCGGUCAGUCGAAGAUCUUUUUCAGAGCCGGAGUGUUGGCACACCUGGAAGAAGAACGCGAUUACAAGAUCACUGAUUUGAUCGUCAACUUCCAAGCCUUCUGCAGAGGUUUCUUGUCUAGAAGAAACUACCAGAAGAGAGUCCAACAGUUGAAUGCCAUCAGAAUUAUUCAAAGGAAUUGCUCGGCUUACCUCAAACUCCGCAAUUGGCAAUGGUGGAGGCUUUACACCAAAGUCAAACCACUGUUGGAAGUCACCAAACAAGAAGAAAAGCUCAUGCAAAAGGAAGACGAACUUAAGCAAGUUAAAGAUAAGUUGGAUCAUCAUAUUAAAUCCGCGAAAGAGUACGAAACGAAAUACCAGCAAGCCCAGGAAGAGAAAAUCAUGUUGCAAGAGCAACUGCAAGCAGAAGUCGAGUUGUGUGCCGAAGCUGAAGAAAUGCGUGCUAGAUUGACGGCUCGCAAGCAAGAACUAGAAGAGAUUCUUCACGAUUUGGAAGCAAGAAUUGAGGAAGAGGAAGAACGUGCCAAUACCCUCAGUAACGACAAGAAGAAGUUGCAGUUGACGAUCCAAGAUUUGGAGGAACAACUCGAAGAAGAAGAAGGCGCGAGACAGAAGCUACAACUAGAGAAAGUUCAAUGCGAUGCCAAAAUCAAGAAGCUAGAAGAAGAUCUAGCUUUGAGCGACGAUACAAAUCAGAAACUUAUAAAAGAAAAGAAGGUUUUGGAAGAACGCAGUAACGACCUGAGUCAAACUUUGGCAGAAGAAGAAGAAAAAGCCAAGCAUUUAGCCAAAUUGAAAGCCAAACACGAAGCCACCAUAGCUGAAUUAGAAGAACGUCUUCUCAAAGAUCAUCAACAGAGACAAGAAUCGGAUCGAUCUAAACGUAAAGUAGAGACUGAAGUGAACGAUUUGAAAGAACAAUUGUCGGAAAAGCGCACACACUUAGAAGAAUUACAGUUACAGCUUGGUAAAAGAGAAGAGGAGUUGGCACAGGCCAUGGUUCGCGUGGACGAAGAAGGUGCUUUGAAAGCUCAAUCUCAGAAAGCUCUCCGGGAAUUAGAAAGUCAACUUUCCGAGUUGCAGGAAGAUUUGGAAGCCGAGAAAGCCGCUAGAAGUAAAGCGGAAAAAUUAAAACGCGAUCUUAACGAAGAACUGGAAGCUUUGAAGAACGAACUUCUGGAUUCGCUAGAUACCACUGCCGCGCAACAGGAGUUGCGAUCGAAACGUGAACAAGAACUUGCCAAUUUGAAAAAGAACUUAGAAGAAGAAAAUCAAGUGCAUGAGGCUACUUUAGCUGAAAUGAGGCAUAAGCACACUCAAGAACUCGGAAGUUUGAACGAACAGUUGGAGAACAUUAAGAAACAAAAAGCGAGCGUCGACAAAGCAAAGCAGUCUCUGGAAGCAGAAAAUGCAGACUUGACCAGCGAAUUGAGAAACGUGGGAGCUAGUAGACAAGAAGGGGAAAGAAGGAGAAAGCAAGCCGAAAGUCAGUUGGUGGAAGUACAAGGAAAAUUAACAGAAGUCGAAAGGGUGCGCGUGGAACUUCAAGAAAAAUCGCAAAAAUUACAACAAGAGAUGGACAACGUUGUCCAACAGUUGGAAGAAGCCGAGCUUAAAGCUUCCGCGGCGUUGAAGAGCCAAGCAACUAUUGAGUCGCAGUUUGCCGAAGCUCAAAGCGCCUUAGAAGAAGAAACUAGACAGAAAUUAGCCCUCAGCUCGAAAUUGCGUCAAUUAGAAUCAGACAAAGAAAACUUGCAAGAACAGAUCGAAGAAGAAGAGGAAGCGAAGAAAAAUCUAGAAAAACAAAUCAACACCUUGAGCACUCAGCUGGCCGAAGCAAAGAAGAAAGCCGAAGAUGAAGCCGAGCAAGCUGCCAUCUUGGAAGAAAGCAAGAAGAAACUCGCUAAAGACUUGGAACUCUUGCAGCGCCAAGUCGAAGAGUUGACUGCAGCCAACGAUAAACUCGAACGCAGCAAGAAGAAGAUCGCCGCAGAAUUAGAAGAUACAAACAUCGAUUUGGAAACUCAGCGACAGAAAGUGUCCGAGCUCGAGAAGAAACAAAAGAACUUCGACAAGGUCCUAGCUGAAGAAAAGCAAGUCAGCGAGCAACUGAUGGCAGAAAAGGAUGCCGCUGAACGUGAAGCCCGCGAAAAAGAAACCAGAGUUUUGUCGCUGAGUCGUGAAUUAGAUGAAUCCAACGUUAAAGUCGAAGAGCUAGAAAGAAUUAAGAGACAGUUGCAAGCGGAACUCGACGAACUGGUCAACAAUCAAGGCACUGCCGAUAAGAACGUGCACGAACUAGAAAAGGCCAAACGGUCACUAGAAACCCAACUAGCCGAACUGAAAGCUCAAAAUGAAGAAUUAGAAGACGAACUUCAACUGACUGAAGACGCGAAGUUAAGACUGGAGGUCAACAUGCAAGCUUUGAGGGCUCAGUUUGAACGUGAUGUUCAAGCUAAAGAAGAACAAGCCGAGGAGAAGCGUAGAGGCAUCGUUAAACAAUUGCGUGAUCUUGAAGCCGAGUUAGAUGAAGAAAGAAAACAGAGAGCUGCUGCGGUCACCGCGAGGAAGAAGCUUGAAGGCGACCUCAAAGAGUUAGAGGCUCAAAUUGAAUUACAAUGCAAGAUGAAAGAAGAUGCUUUGAAACAGUUGAAGAAGUCGCAACAACAAUGCAAGGAAGCCGUGCGGGAUGCGGAGGAAGCUCGUGCUUCGCGUGAUGAACUGGCUGCAAGUUGUAAAGAAGCCGAACGUAAAGUGAAGACUCUAGAAGCGGAAGUUCUUCAAUUGAGUGAAGAUCAUGCUGCUUCCGAGAGGGCGAGACGUGCCGCCGAAGCGGAACGUGAUGAAUUAUUAGAAGAAGUAAACAAUAGUAAUAGUAAAGGAGCGUUGCUCAUUGAUGAGAAACGUCGUCUGGAAGCCAGAAUUGCCACGCUAGAGGAAGAAAUAGAGGAAGAACAGAGUAACAACGAACUGCUGCAAGAUAGGGCCCGCAAAGCACAACUGACUAUCGAACAGUUGACUUCUGAGUUGGCUACCGAGAGGUCCUUGGCUCAGAAACAAGAGUCCCAUAAGUUGUUGCUGGAAAGACAGAAUAAAGAACUUAAAGCGAAACUGACUGAAUUGGAGACGGCUCAGAGAACCAAGACGAAAGCCACGAUUGCUGCCCUUGAAAGUAAGAUAAGUAACUUGGAAGAACAACUAGAAGUUGAGGCGAAGGAAAGAUUGGCACAGCAAAAGACCAAUAGGAAGUUGGACAAGAGAUUGAAAGAGCUAGUCAUGCAGUUGGAAGAUGAGCGCCGCCACGCCGACCAGUAUAAAGAACAAGUCGAUAAGGCCAAUUCGAGAGUGAAGACAUUGAAGAGACAGUUAGAUGAAGCGGAAGAGGAAAUCACUAGAGAAAAGGCUCAGAAGCGGAAAGUACAGAGGGAUUAUGAAGAUAUGCUCGAGAGUAAUGAAUCAAUGACCAGGGAACUUAACAACCUCAAAAGCAAACUUAGGCGUGGCACUGGUACUGGUGGUAGCAUGGGUUUGCCCAGUAGACUCAGCGGCAGAGGUUCAAUCCAAGCGAGUGGCAAUGGCUCUGGUGACGAUUCCACAACACAGGAUGACGCCAUGGACGGUGACGACGCUCCCAAUUAAAAAAAAAACGUCAUUUUACGCAUUUGUUGUAAAUAUAUUUGUAUAUCCCCUCUUAGUACUUAGAUUUUUUAAGAAUCGCUAUUGUCGGAUGAUUUGUAAAAAUUGGACGUUUAGUUCAGAAUAUCAGUAUCAAUAAUUGAAUGAACUUCAUUAUUUUUCUUUAUUUAUAGUUUUUUAUUAUUUUAAUCGUGCUUUAUAGUAAUUAAUUUGUAUUUUUAACAGUUGAUUGCAUUUAUUUAUAUAAAAGUUAAUUCGCUUAAUUUGAUUCUAGGGUUUCCAUCGUACUUUAUAUUUUUUAAAUUAGCUAUUAGUUGGCAAUGUCGGCAUUCAAGAGGAUAGAGCAUGUAUACUGAAAGAACAUGAUUGAAUUGUCUUGUUGAGUACGGACACUAGCAAGGACACGGUUAUGAUUUGUAGUAAAGUUUUAUAUCUAGAACAGUCUACCUUCCUAAGAUUUUAGUACACUUAACUGGUGUCCUUUUGUUAAAAACGUUUUACCUCUUGACUUUUAAUGGCAAUUGGAUCGAAUGUUCUAUCAGUGGUAUAUCCUCUAUUUUUUAAUAACACAUUUACGCAUUAAUAACUAUAUGGACUUAUCGAUAUCGCUAACGACUACAAAUGACAUUUUUAUACACAUUUAUAGGAUACAUAAUAGAAUAUAUUUUGUAAAAAAAGGCAUCCAAAUAGAAAAAAGCAACUUUUGAUAUUCAACGUUUUUGUAAAAAUUCAGUUUUUGUAUGUAUAUAUCCUUUUACUUGUAUAAAAAUAUAUACAUAUUUUGGGUUUUGGGCUCAUUUAUUUGUACUUUAACGAGUUCAAUAAAAUCGUGAAAAAAGAA